AGACUCUUGCGAUGCUGCCAGCAACAUUCAAGCUUUGUGCCGGAAUUUCCUACCGACACUUGCCCAACAUGACAGGUUUGAAAAGACAAGCAGCUGUAGCUAUUGUCCAGGAACUGAAGAAAGUUGCAUUUUCCAGGCCUGGCCCUACCCAGUGGAUCAACAACGUACACAGAAGGAGUUCUCUUCUAGGUUCAAGGCUGGAAGAGAACCCUUUCAGUGAUAUGGAGAUGUCCUACAUCAAGCAAGGAGAGGAGGCUAUCCAGAAGUCUCUGAAUAUUCUUGGAGAAAAAGAUGGCUGGAAAACGGAGGCAGUGAUGGGCAAUGGUGACAAAGUCUUGAGCAAAGUGUUGCCUGAUGUGGGGAAGGUUUUCCAGCUUGAGGUAGUGGUUGAUCAACCCCUGGAUUGUGUCUAUGAUGAGUUAGUGGAAAAGAUGGAGCAGAUGGGAGACUGGAAUCCGAAUAUUAAAGAAAUCAAGAUUCUCCAGAAGAUUGGCAAAGACACCGUGAUCACUCAUGAAACCUCAGCAGCAACUCCUGGCAACGUAAUUGGUCCACGAGACUUUGUCAGUGUCCGGUGUUCCAAACGGCGUGGCUCUACAUGCCUCUUAGCUGGCAUGUCAACCACCUAUGCCGCCAUGCCGGAACAAAAAGGAGUUAUCAGAGCGGAAAAUGGUCCCACAUGCAUGGUUCUUCGUCCAGUUCUAGGAAAUCCCUCACAAACCAAGUUAACUUGGCUUCUCAGCAUUGAUUUAAAGGGAUGGCUUCCAAAGACACUGAUCAACCAAGUUCUUUCUCAAACCCAAAUGGAUUUUGCUAACCACCUCCGGAAUCGUUUGACCAACUCUAUAUCUGCACAAGCCCUCAGAUGCUAAAAGAAAUGUUCCUUGCUGGCAAUUGUUCCUGGAUGAUGCUCUGACUCCAGCCACUCCAGCCAAUCAGACUGAAUACUGAAGACAAUCCCAGAGAAUUGAUGCUUACCACUCUCUCCUGCUAAGAGGCAGACUUCUUUCCUUUAGGUUGCAUCCUUAUGUUUAAGAGCCUCCCCUUAGAAAGAGCUGCACAAAGCUUGUGUUCAGGACUCUGGCAGAAUAAGGUAUCUGGCUUAGGUAUAGCAGGCACUGAAGGUGAUACCAAGUGAUAUCAAUGGUGGCAUCAACCAUGUAGUUUGCUGGGAUUCAAAAGGCUAGCAAUUGCUUGAUGGGCAACAUGUUGCAUCUUAUUUCUUAUCAACGUCUAAAUUCUGAAAUACAUAAGGCAAGAUAAACUAUAUUGAGAAGGCUGCUGGAGCCUACGUUAUAGGCUACAAUAGAAUACAACUAGAGUUCAAGACUAAGAGAGGAAAGAACCAGCAUCUUUGAUGAACAGAUUACUGUUUCACCUGGACAAUACUACACUGGCUCUCUAUACUUGGUUUAGUAUUCAGUGUGCUUAGAGUAGGUUAACCUACCUUGGCUACUUACUGAUAACGUGCCAGGUUUGACCUGUAACCUCUUCAUUUCAAAGCAACUGACAGGAACCAAGAGAUGAGAAGGAGCUUUGCAAAAGGAUUUGGAGAAUUAUGCCAAUAAGCGGUGCUAGGUGGACAGUUAGUCUGACCUGCAGAAAGGCUGCUCCAAAAUACUUUUACAGAAAGAAGUAUCAUAUCCAGAGUGAUAUCUUAGUUAAAAGAUGCUGCUGAUCACCUUCUCUUAGUCACUUGACUCAUCCCAAUUUGGCAGCAGAUGAUCAGCUGGGGUUGUAUCACUGCAGCUAUUUUUACAAUCCCCCCUAGGUGUUACAAAGUUAGCUGUUAUGUCCUUUCCCAUCAUUUACAACCUCCUUUUUCCAAGCCAGGAUGCCACUACCAAUGGAAGAUUCAGACGGAUGCUCCACCUGCCUUCUUUCCCCUUCUGUUUUUGACUACCAUGAUGUGGCUCCUAAAUCUUGGGAAAGGUUAAGGAUUAAUUCAAGGGUCACUAGUUCCCAUGAUAUACUUUGAACUCUGCAAUAUUGGCUUUAUUUAGAGCUAAGUUUAAAGUAACUCCAUUGGUUGAUCUGGUCAACUAAUGUUCUUUUGAUGCUUUUAUGGAACACUAAGCCUUCAUGGAUUCAAUUUAAGAGUGACAUGGGAAUGGAGACUAUGCAUAGUAUUAAAUUAUGGUCAAUGCCUAAUUGUUGUUGGAAAGUGGAUCUGUCUCAUCAUAUCCAUCUUCUGCCUGAUUUGUUUGCUGCCCUUUGAAGGCCCAAGAAACCAAUCACUUAUUGUUUUCCACCUGUUCCUAUUUUCUUCUUUGAAGAUAGAUAAACUGGGAAGUUCCAAAGAUUAGCAAUGAAGACAAUCCACCCAUUCUUGACAAGUAAAAUAGAUAAGUAUUUUUUAAUCUUGGCAACUUUAAGCUAUGUGGACUUCAACUCCUAGAAUUUGUCAGCCAGUAUGGAGUUUGAAAAACACUGGGAUAGAUACACAUUGUUGCUCACUCUUGAUGUCAGCUCUGCCUAGGUUUUUCAAACAUGCUACCCAAUUUUGUCUGAACUUUAGUCUAAAAGGAAGGGUGAAAAGUUACUUGUUUUUCCCCCAGAUCAACCAAAACUGGUAGAUAGUCCUUGUCUGAUAACAUCACUAAACACCAGAGCUGAUGGUAGCUUACGUUUUAAAAGCCACAUAACAAUUAUGCCCUCCAAAAGUUCACAAUAAAAAGCACACUCUGUUUCAAGGAUUUGCAACACUGCUGUUUACUUGCUAAGUAACUCUGCUUAUUCCACCCUUAUUAUAUAUUGCAGAAGCUUUGUCUCUGCUUGUAAUGAAUCUGAAAAAGUCUGUUCUGCACUAUUUUAAUAGCAAAGAGGAUUUUUUGGGGGGGGAAUGGCUGUUACUAGAAAACCAUAAUUGUGCUACCGUUUAUUACCAACAAUUCAAAAAUCUAAUUCAGCAUCUGUAGCAGAUAAAAUGAUAGCUUUAUUCUAAUUCCCUCCAUAUGUUGCCCUUUUCUCCACUCUACCAGUUUAUCACCAGUGGGGAAUCUGAACCCACAACAAACUUCUACAUCAGAGAUUGGUCUUUACUCAGCUUGUUGGAGGAAAGAAAAGGAUGAAUGCUAGUUAAAAUGUUAAAAACCCAUGUUUUAAGUGUUAAGGAGCAUCUACUAUGACUUCAUUUGGCUUUUAACUCCAGGAGUCACUAGCAAGGUUAAAUCAAACCAAGAAGUCUUUCCCACAGCCAUCUAUGAAAUCCAGCCUGUCAAUAUUUAUUUUCCCUCCCCCUUGUUUGCAAAGGCAUUUUAUUUAAUUAUUUAUUCUAGUUAAGAUUUGUGAAGUGUUUCCGAUUCAUAGUUUUCAUGACUUCAACCAAUCAACCAACCUAUCUUGAAAUGUAUGGAGAAUCCGGUGUACUAACACUAUAGUACAGGUAGUCCU